UUUGUAAUUUUUCUGCUGAUCCAUUAAAUAAGUACCUACCGAGGUAUAAAUAAAUGAUUGCGUGAUAUUUAAGUUUGCAGAACUUAGGUACUGACACCGCUAGGCUUUUCGGUGGUCACUAUGUUGAAAAUAUAUCAGACUACGCCUAGACCGUGCCGCACACCAGUACAUGAUGUGGUACUCUCCGUGCCGAGACAAGGAGUUUGUUAUUGAGUAGAUAUAAUUAUUGAUAUGGUCGUCUCUUUGGUCGGACUUGACAGUCACUCGAAAGUGAGCAAUAGUGAUUUAGCCUAAGGCGGCCCGUGGUCAAGAGCCCACGAACCGUUUUGUCUGCAUGUUCCAGUAGCUUGUUAACAUGAUGAGGAAGUAGAGUCAGAGCGCGCGCGCGGGGCGUUGGCCUGGGGGGGGGGGACAGGUGUGCUGCUAAUGUGCAGCGUAAACAGUAACACACGGCGCGCGCCGGCGCCUGCCACUCGCCAGUGUGUCAGUAGCGUGCAGGCGCGCAGCUCUCACGACAGGUCUCGUUAGUCUGUGCCAGUUGCGCUGAAAUUGCGCUUUAUCAUUCGCAGAUACUUAAUACACUCACUUUGCUAUUGUUUAUGUUCCACUAGGAGAUGUGUUAAGUGUAUUGCAGUAAGUGAUGUGGAGUCCACUUGAUGCCUAGCGGCGCGGCGGCCGGCUGAAGCGGCUGCAGCGUGGCUCGCGCUGCCCGCAUGGCGCGGGAGUAGUGACCUCAGCGCAGCGCGGUGGGCGCGGUGUGCGCUGUGCGCGUGAUAGCAGCCGCGCGUUAUCAGUGCUCGAUUAGAUACCGCUGCGAACGCACCUCCGCGACACCAUGCGGAGCAAGGACCGCCUCGCCGAGCUGCGACACCUGGUGAACGAUGCGGAGGGCGGCGUGUACCACGACACGGUGGAGGUGUGCGCGGAGCCGGCCGCGCCGCACCACAAGCACAUCCAGGAGAUCUUCGACGAGGUGGAGCGCAUGCGCAGCUGGAUCCAUGAGCUGGAGGGCAACACGCAGCUGAUGCGGCGCCUGCACGCCGACCCUACGUACCACACCAACAAGAGAGCAGCUGGAGGCGGCGGGCACGGCCAGCUCGGCGCUGGGGCUGAAGCUGUCGGGCGCGCUGCGGCAGUUCGAGACGCGGCUGAGCGCGCGCAACGACGCGGGCGCCCGCAUCGCGCGCCUGCAGUACGCCGCCACGCGCGCGCUCUACGCGGCCGCGCUGCAGCGACACCACGCGCUGCUGGACCAGCUGCGCGCGCACCAGCUGCAUCUGCUGCACCACCAGAUCAGGCUCAGUUAGUCUACACUCUACUCACUACACCAGUCACGACACGUCACACGUACACACUCGAACCUGGCGGUGUCGGAGGAGGAGUGCGAGGCGCUGCUGGACUCGCACAACAUCUCGCUGUUCGUGGACAACGUGCAGGCGGAGACGGCGGAGGCGCGGCGCGUGCUGCGCGACGUGGAGGCGCGCCACGACCAGCUCGCGCGCCUAGAGGCCGCGCUCGCGGACGUGCGCGACCUCUUCUCGCAGCUCGCGCACCUCGUCGCGCAACAGCAAGACCAGGUGGACAGCGUGGAGUACUACGCGCUGCAGGCCAGCGAGCACGUCGGCCACGGCGGCUCGCAGCUGCUCAAGGGCACCGUCAGCCACACCAAGGCCAGGAAGAAAAAGAUGAGCCUGGUGCUGUGCCUGGUGGCCGGGUUCGCGGUGGUGCUGGUGGUGCUGGUGCUCACGUGACAUGAGACCUCCCA